AUGAUUACCCCUCUACAGACCAAGACACAAAAGAAACUCAACAAGAUUGUAGAGGAGAUUACAAACUGCAAUUUUCUGAUUGAUUCGAUUCUGGAUUUGGGAUCCAAGAAGGAUCAAGCUGAACUCCGCAAGACAAAGAAAUCCCUUCGCAACCAACGUGUCAAACUCUGGGAUGAAAUGAAGGCUCAUCCCUCAUUGGAGGAGGAACAUACGGAUCUGGUAACAGAACUCAAGGACCUUCGCCGUCGUUAUGGAAUCCUAGAUGAUCAUGACAUCUGA